AUGAACCUAGUGGUGACUACUUUUUCAAUUUCUCUCCUUCUAUCCCUUCUUCUAGCAGCUGUCGCUUUCUGACUGCCCUUAAUAACCCCCGACCACGAAAAACUCUCACCCUAUGAAUGCGGCUUCGACCCCCUAGGGUCAGCACGAUUGCCAUUCUCCAUUCGAUUUUUCCUGGUCGCAAUCUUGUUCCUCCUCUUUGACCUAGAAAUUGCCCUCCUACUCCCCCUUCCCUGAGGAGACCAACUCACCAACCCAUACCUCACCUUUAUCUGCGCAACCAUCUUACUCGUUCUCCUCACCCUUGGCUUAAUGUACGAAUGAGCCCAAGGAGGCUUAGAAUGGGCAGAAU